AUGGUGGAGACAUAUCAAAACAAUGUUAGUAUGCAGUUGGAGAUUGAUGAAUGUAAUGGUGAUCAAAUUAAAGAGGAAGAUAUGGUGGAGACAUAUCAAAACAAUGUUAGUAAGCAGUUGGAGAUUGAUGAAUGUAAUGGUGAUCAAAUUAAAGAGAUAGUAUUGUUGGAGACAUGCCAAAACAAAGUCAGUAUGCAAAUGGAGAUUGAUGAAUGUAAUGGUGAUCAAAUUAAAGAGGAAGUUAUCAUGGAGACAUAUCAAAACAAAGUCAGUAUGCAAUUGGAGAUUGAUGAAUGUAAUGGUGAUCAAAUUAAAGGGAUAGUUAGACAGGAGUCGAAUAAAAACAUCCUCAGGAAGCAGAAGGACACUUACCAAUGUGAUGGAGAUCAAUCUGAAGAGGAAGUUAUGGUGGAGACAUAUCAAAACAAUGUUAGUAUGCAGUUGGAGAUUGAUGAAUGUAAUGGUGAUCAAAUUAAAGGGAUAGUUAGACAGGAGUCGAAUAAAAACAUCCUCAGGAAGCAGAAAGACACUUACCAAUGUGAUGCAGAUCAAUCUGAAGAGGAAGUUAUGGUAGAGACAUAUCAAAACAAAGUCAGUAUGCAAUUGGAGAUUGGUGAAUGUAAUGGUGAUCAAAUUAAAGGGCUAGUUAGACAGGAGUCGAAUAAAAACAUCCUCAGGAAGCAGAAAGACGCUUACCAAUGUGAUGGAGAUCAAUCUGAAG